AUGUGGAAUUGGUAUCCAGACACCACAUACCAGGGAAGUAAGACUUUCGAUUCCCUUGAAAUCACUGCUACGGUUACUCUGGCUAUCUUCCAGAUCUCACCAACCCUCCCCGUUUUCAAUUCGAGUACAAAUUCGCCUUAUGGUAUCGCUUGCAACAAUAAUUACCCAGCGACAUUCAACGUAGAUGGACAAAAACGGAUUUCCUUGGAAAAUUGCUUGUCCGGUGGAGGAUCAAGUGUGAUACUCUUCAUAGCCACACGAUAUGCAAAUGCUCACAAUACUUUACAGAUGAACAAGGAGCAGGCACUCGACAACGGCUUCAUCUUCAUCGAUCCCUUCGGCACUGGAAUGUGCUCCGAGAGCAACGGUUCUGACGCUUUCACCUUUCAUCCUCACCUUCAUUCAAAAUAUCUUAAUCAGGCCUUUAGUCUUGGUGAUCGACUCCUUACGAAUAGAAAUGUCCAACCCAUUGUCCACACCAACUUUCAAUCUCAGCAGCCCACUUCAACCCCCACAGUUCAACCACUCAGCAUGAUCCCUCACCUUGAUCAGAAUAUUUUCCAGGGUCACUGGGGUGUCUCGAGGCCCGAACAGGAAAUUAUACCAGGCUUGGGACAAACCGACAACGUGUACCUGGGUUACUCGUGGAAGACAGCAUGGUCAGAUCAACACGCAUCAGCAAGCCGUCAGAACAUCUUCGAUAAAGCAAAUCCGGCUCCUCAGAUGGAAGGCAAGUGCCAUUAUACUCGAAUAGAGCAGGUCAAAUAUAAGACCACCAAAUUCGAAGACAAGCUGAGUAUGGCCAACAAGCUACUGAAGCCUCGGCGCAACAUUACAGAAGAGCUGGAGCAACUCCUCAACCUUGAGAUUGAUUCAGCUCCCAAGACUUCCUGCUCUACGAGCGCCUCAUUCCCAAACAUUGGAAGUCUCUCCCUCCUCCCUCCCCAUCUUCAGCAGCACACUACAACAUCGUUCUGCAAGCAUGGUACUAUCCCGGCCCUUCCUGCCAAUGAAAUCUCACUGAUGCAGGCCAACGGGAGUUCAUCAUACAAGAAUUUGGACCCUCUGCCUCAGACUCCUACCACUCGUACAGAGUUCACCUCACCGAAGCAUACAACCAUCCAUUUCGACAUUUCAGCACUGAAAGCUAUGAGUUUCAAUGGCAAUGUACCAACCCCCACAAAAUUUGACGAGUCGCUUACCACGCCCCAAAAAGCUUACACCUCUCCGACAUUUCGACCAUCUACACGCAAGUCCAGAGGUCGUCACCAUCGCACUGCAACACCAGAACAGCAGACUAUCCGGGAAUUUAUGGGUGGCAAGCCUGUUUUCACUAUGGGCAUGAAGGAACAAGAUGAUCGGUGCCUAUUAUUCGACUUCUUCCAACAGAUCAAGCACUGGGCUACAGAUUAUACUGUCCAUCUGAAAUCACUCGACGCCGAGCAUAUUCAUGGUUUGGCGAACCGCCCAGCCAUUGCCGGAGGUUUGGGCGAGUCUUCCAAGCUCUCGAUGCUUGUCACCGAGAAUGACAUGCUGAGCGCCAUGAUCGCGAGCAUCAUUUGCCGCCACAUUGUCACGCACGCAAUGGAUGAGCAUGCUCUCCACGCAAGCGGACAUCCCCGAUCAGACACCUGCGAAGCGCUUGCCUACCGUUGGAGUCUCCUCGGUGCUAACGAUUAUGCCGCAAAGCAGAAUCUCCUACUCUCCCAGCAGCAGAUCUACACGAAGAUCAAAGAGGAUCCUAACCACCGGAGCUGGCGUGCAGCGACCGCCUCCCGCCUUGUCUUCGCUCUGAUUUCUUCGCUCUCUGGCCUUCUCACCACCUCUCUUAGGCCCGCCACGCUUAUAGAGCGCAACCACAUCCUCACUGAGAUCUACAUCAAGGGGUACAGGAUUGGCUUCCGUCUGCGCAUGGCGGCAAGCCGGUGGUCUUUCCAGUGGCCCUUGAGUAGCGCCGAGUUUGACCCCACGGCUAUGGUCAAUGAGAGUCGUCUGUUGUACGGCGAUAUCCUUCGCACCAUGACGGCGGUUAUGAGCGAUCCGCGGGCUCAUGAGGUUCGCUUUGCAGUGAGUCCCACGGUGGCAAGAAGUGAUUUUGGUAAAGGGGGGGAGAAUAGGGUGGUGGCACACCAUGCAAUGGUACACAUCACUCCAAAGGGGUGUGAUUGA